GAAAUCUCAAGUCGAACAGGAGUAAGGAAUGUCCGAUCCACACACCAGGAGUGAAUCAAAUCAACGCAGACGUAGGAGUAUUGCACAUUCAGGGCCCCACUUAUUUUUUCGCAUUUUUUUUUGGGGGCCUGAAGAAGUGGGUUUCUAGGCUUCUGAGCAGGGCCGGCCCUGGGAAAUAGUUUACAUUUGUAUGAAGGACUUCUUCGCCCACUGCAGUAGUCCUAUCUUAUAGCACCUUGCUUCAGCAGUGGCAUCUAGUCAUGGUGGUAAGCAGACAUGUGGGUGGCAAGUGGAGAUGUUGAUGUGCAUUUCAUUAUGCUACACGUUGUUAGUUAAUCAUGGCCUCCAAAGGUCUAAGGUCUAAGCUUGAUCAUGAAACAAGGGCUAGGCGACAGAAGGUACUUGAACCUCCAAAAGAGCCUCGACGCCCUAAGACGCACUGGGAUCAUGUUUUAGAAGAGAUGGUUUGGUUGUCGAAGGACUUUGAGUCAGAGAGAAAAUGGAAAUUGGCUCAGGCAAAGAAGGUUGCUAUAAGAGCCAGCAAGGGCAUGUUGGACCCGGCCACAAGGGGAGAAAAGAGAGUGAAGGAAGAAGAGCAGCGGUUGAGAAAAGUUGCACUCAAUAUUUCUAAAGAUGUGAAGAAAUUUUGGCUGAAAAUUGAGAAGCUGGUUCUGUACAAGCAUCAACUAGAACUUGAUGAAAAAAAGAAAAAAUCGCUUGACAAACAGCUCGAGUUUCUUCUGGGGCAAACUGAAAGGUACUCAACAAUGCUAGCAGAAAACCUUGUGAACUCACCAAUUACUUGCAAGCCGAUAAAUUCAUGCAUUGCUGCUCAGGAACAACUUGGUACUCAACACGAAGAAGGAUAUGAAAAUGGUACAUGUAGUUCUGUUGGAUUAGAAGUUGAAUCUCAAUCAGAUGUUGCAGAAGUCGAUGAAGAUUUUGACGUACGGUCUGGAGAUGAAUCGGAAGAUGAUGAGCAUACACUUGAGGAAGACGAGGCUCUUAUUACUGAGGAAGAAAGGAAAGAAGAGCUGGCAGCUCUGCAAAAUGAAGUAGAUCUACCUCUUGAAGAGCUAAUCAAACGUUAUGCUGUUGAGAAAGUCAGCAGAGAAGGUAGUCCAGAAUUGAAUGUGCUUGCAGCUGAGCAAACUCAUGCGUGGGAAGACAAAAGGGAGAAUAAGGUCGAUGGUAGUUCUUCUUUCCCAAAGAAUAACAGAGGCCACUCACUUGCCGUCCCUGGUCGUCGUGGUGGUCCAAGUAAUGGUAACAUUUCAAUUUUAGAAAAUCAUAUUGCAGAAGUUAAGGCAGACGAAAUAGGAAACCUAUCGGAAAGAUCUGGAGGGUCAGCAAAAAAACAUAUUCCAGAUGACUUUCUUGAUGAACAGGAGGAUGGUGAUUUUGUUCUACCUGCUGGAGAAGAAAAGGAUGAUGAGACAACGUUGUCAGAGGAGGAAGAACUGGCAAAGACUGAAUCACAUGAGCCCGUAGAUGAGGUUGCAUUACUGCAGAAGGAAAGUGAAAUUCCUUUAGAAGAAUUGCUUGCGAGGUAUAAAAAGGUAUCCGAUAUUGACGAAGAUCCAGAGGAUGACUCUCAGUCUGGGUCAGCUUCUGAGGAUUUCUUGGAUUCUGUAGAACAUUUGGAAUCUGCCGCACUGGAAGAAGUUAAAUCAAAGCAGCAGCAUGUUCCUACGAAGGAUGAUGGAGAACCUAGUGAACUGCAGCCUGUUGUGGGACCCAUUAAUCAAGAAGAAGUAGAACCUAAGAUAGCACUGGAAGAAGGAAGAGAGAGUGAGAGCAGAAUUGCUGAUGCUGCUGCUGCUGCAAGAUCUGCACAGCCAACUGGCAACACAUUCUCAACUACCAAAGUGCGUACAAAAUUUCCUUUUCUUCUAAAGUACCCUCUUCGUGAGUACCAGCAUAUUGGACUGGACUGGCUUGUUACAAUGUACGAGAAGCGACUUAAUGGGAUCCUAGCUGACGAAAUGGGGCUAGGCAAGACUAUUAUGACAAUUGCUCUUCUAGCUCACCUUGCAUGUGAAAAGGGCAUAUGGGGUCCCCAUCUCAUUGUUGUCCCGACAAGUGUCAUGCUCAACUGGGAAACAGAGUUUCUCAAAUGGUGUCCUGCUUUUAAAAUAUUAACGUAUUUUGGAAGUGCAAAAGAAAGGAGAAUUAAGAGGCAAGGUUGGAUGAAACCAAAUUAUUUCCACGUGUGUAUAACGACAUACCGACUUGUUAUACAGGAUUCCAAAAUUUUUAAGCGGAAGAAGUGGAAGUACUUGAUUUUGGAUGAAGCUCAUCUUAUAAAAAACUGGAAGUCCCAGAGAUGGCAAACACUUUUGAAUUUCAAUUCAAAGCGGCGUAUCCUUUUAACUGGAACACCAUUGCAAAAUGAUCUUAUGGAACUCUGGUCUCUAAUGCAUUUCUUGAUGCCCCAUAUAUUUCAAUCUCAUCAAGAGUUUAAGGAUUGGUUCAGUAAUCCAAUAUCUGGGAUGGUAGAGGGGCAGGAAAAAGUAAACAAAGAAGUUGUUGACCGUUUGCAUAAUGUUCUUCGUCCCUUUAUUCUUCGUCGAUUGAAAAGAGAUGUGGAGAAACAGCUGCCUAUGAAACAUGAGCAUGUGCUUUACUGUAGACUCUCUAGGAGGCAGCGUAAUCUGUAUGAGGAUUUCAUUGCUAGCUCAGAAACACAGGCUACUUUAGCGAGUUCCAAUUUUUUUGGGAUGAUCAGUGUCAUAAUGCAACUUCGCAAAGUUUGUAAUCAUCCUGAUUUGUUUGAAGGUCGUCCCAUUGUUAGUUCUUUUGAUAUGAAUGGCAUUGAAGUCCAAUUAAGUUCCUCUGUUUGCUCUAUGCUUACCCCUGACUCACUUUCUACCAUUGACCUCAGUGGUUUGGGUUUGUUAUUCACCCACCUAGAUUUUAGCAUGAAUUCUUGGGAGAGUGAGGAAGUUCAGGCUAUUGCUACCCCAUCAAGCUUGAUCAAGGGGCGUGCAGACCUUGUUAACAUUGAUGAAUUGGAGCCUGGGUUCAAGCAUUGGAAAAAAUUCCAUGGAACAAACAUAUUUGAGGAUAUCCGAAAGGCAAUUUUGGAGGAGAGACAACGAGAAACAAAAGAACGGACAGCAGCUAUUGCAUGGUGGAAUUCCUUGAGGUGCAGGAGAAAACCAGUCUACUCCACUACUCUACAGGAGCUUGUCACCGUAAGCAAUCCUGUUUAUGAUAUUAAGCGUCAGAAGGGAAACCCCUUGAACUCCUCUAAGCUUGCUGAAAUUGUACUGUCACCAGUGGAACACUUCCAAAAAAUGAUCAAUCAGGUCGAAUCCUUCAUGUUUGCAAUCCCAGCUGCACGGGCCCCACCGCCUGUUUGCUGGUGCAGUAAAAGCAAAACUUCCGUGUUUUUGCUCCCAACUUACAAGGAGAGAUGCACUGAAUUUUUGUCACCCCUUCUAACACCUUUGCGCCCUGCAAUCGUCCGCAGGCAAUUGUAUUUUCCAGACAGGCGACUCAUACAAUUUGACUGUGGUAAGCUGCAGGAGCUUUCAGUUUUGCUUAGGCAAUUAAAGUCAGAAGGUCACCGGGCACUGAUAUUCACUCAAAUGACAAAGAUGCUUGAUAUCUUGGAGGCUUUCAUUAAUUUAUACGGUUACACUUACAUGCGUUUAGAUGGAUCCACCCAGCCAGAAGAGAGGCAAACCUUGAUGCAGCGAUUUAAUACAAACCCGAAAUAUUUUCUCUUUAUAUUGUCGACUCGUAGUGGUGGUGUUGGUAUCAACCUUGUUGGGGCCGAUACUGUUAUAUUCUAUGAUAGUGACUGGAAUCCUGCUAUGGAUCAACAAGCACAAGAUCGGUGCCAUAGAAUAGGACAGACACGUGAAGUGCAUAUAUACCGCUUAAUCAGUCAGAGCACAAUUGAAGAGAACAUUUUAAAGAAGGCAAAGCAGAAGCGUGCCCUUGAUGAUUUGGUUAUACAGAGUGGAGGGUACAACACUGAUUUUUUCAAGAAGCUGGAUCCGGUGGAAUUGUUUUCGGGCCAUCAAGCAAUUACCACAAGGAACAUGCAGAGAGAGAAAAAUUGCACCAAUGGAAGUGAGGUUUCUUUAUCUAACGCGGAUGUGGAGGCUGCUUUGAAGCAUGUAGAAGAUGAAGUGGACUACAUGGCUUUGAAGAAAGUUGAAGAGGAAGAGGCUGUGGACAAUCAGGAGUUUAAUGAAGAAGGUAUUGGGAGGUUGGAAGAUGAUGAGUUUAUAAAUGAGGACGAUCUGAAGGUUGAUGAGGCUGCUGAUCCCAAUGGCUUGAUUUCAACUUCAAAUAAGGAAAAUGGGGUGAUAAUAAAUGGUAGUGAUGUAAAUGAAGAGACAACUCUGACUCUUGUGGCCAAGGAAGACGAUGUUGACAUGCUGGCUGAUGUCAAACAGAUGGCUGCAGCAGCUGCGGCGGCCGGGCAAGCAAUGUUGUCCUUUGAAAGUCAGUUACGUCCAAUUGAUUGCUAUGCUAUACGUUAUCUAGAGUUGUGGGACCCAAUUAUAGAUAAAACAUCAAAGGAAUCAGAAGUUAGGUUUGAAGAAAGUGAAUGGGAGCUGGAUCGCAUUGAGAAGUUAAAGGAGGAUAUGGAAGCGGAGAUUGAUGAUGAUGAGGAACCUUUCGUCUAUGAAAGAUGGGAUGCUGAUUUUGCUACUGAGGCAUAUCGACAGCAAGUUGAGGCCUUGGCUCAACAUCAGCUGAUGGAAGACUUGGCGCGUGAAGCUGAAGAGAAGGAACAGGCGGAUCGUGAAAAUUCUGAUUCUAUCAGGAAUGAUGUACUUGCUGUUUCUAAACCCAAGUCAAAGAAGAAACCAAAGAAAGCCAAGUUCAAAUCUCUAAAGAAAGCAGCUCUUGCAUCUGAAUCAAAAGCUGUGAAGGAAGACCUGCCAAAUGAGCAUAUGUCGAUUGAUGACGAGGCCACCUCUUACGACACUACCUCUUCGGAAAUGGUAUCGCGCCAUUUGACCGUGAAGAAGAAACGUAAAGAAGCACUAGAUGGCGAUGAAGAGAACAGCUCAAGGAAGUCCAAAAAGGUCAAGAAGGCUCGUCCUGAAUUAUGUGCUGUAGAUUUGGAAUCUGAUCUACCUAGUGAGCAGCUUGAUGAACCAAAAUACUCAAAAUUAUGCGGAAGUGUUGAUCUUGAGCAGAAGCCAAUAGGCAGGAGCAAGAUGGCUGGAAAAGUCUCCAUCACUGCAAUGCCCGUAAAACGGGUCUUGACGAUAAAACCAGAGAAGUUGAAAAAGAAGGGAAAUAUUUGGUCUAGAGAUUGUCUUCCAUUGCCUGAUUUUUGGAUGCCUGAGGAGGAUGCGAUGUUAUGUGCUCUUGUACAUGAAUAUGGCCCACAUUGGAGUUUGGUUAGUGAAACCUUAUAUGGGAUGGUAGCAGGCGGUCUUUAUAGGGGGAGGUACCGCCACUCUGUCCACUGCUGUGAGAGGUAUAGGGAACUCAUCCAAAGACAUGUCUUGUCUGCAGCAGACAAUCCUAACAAUGAAAAAGCUGGCAACACUUGCUCUGGGAAGGCUCUUCUCAAAGUGACAGAGGAUAAUAUUCGGGUGCUAUUGGAUGUUGCCACUGAACUGCCUGAUAACGAGCCACUACUUCAGAAACACUUCUUUGCGGUUCUUUAUUCAGUCUGGAGAAUGACAUCCCGGUUUGAGCGCCGUCAGUCUCUCUCUUCUUCCCGGAAUGGCUUCUAUUAUGGUGGAAGGCAUGUCACUUCCAUAGUUAGCCAGAUUGAUCUGAAUUCCACAAGGGAGUCAUCAGAACCAAUGAGAUUCACUAACUUAACUCAAUGUAGCAAUUUAGUAGCAGCUGCACUCUGUGAUGCCGAUAGCGUGCGACGAGAUGACGGAGUCUCCGUUUUGAAUCAGAGGGAAGAAGCAUCUGGUGUUGUGGACCGGUUGGAAAUUACGCUGGAACUUCAGAGGGAAAGAGGUGACUCUGUGAUUCCUUUGCCAUCUGUCAUAAAUCUCUCGAUAUUCGCUCCAGAUCCACCAAGUCCAUCUGCAAGCAUGUCUGCAAAUGCAAAUCAGCAUCUUAGAUCCGUCCAAAGUUCGGCUGAGAGCCAUUUCAGGACUGCAUCAAGAGAUUGCACUGAAGGUUCUUUGAGUUGGGCUUCAGCAGCCUUCCAAGUAGGUGGUGAUGUCCACUAUCGAACACCAUCAAAAUCCCAGGCCUUGGGAAAACAUAAGCUAUCUAUUUUUGAAUCGGUUAAAACUUCCAAAUCAAAAUUGAGGAAAACGACAUCAGAGUACAACGAUAUCACACGGCCGCCCUUUGCGGAUCUAGUAGUCCGGCCAACGAUAACGUUUCCCGCAGAUUCCAGUUUUGAUCUGACACCACCCCAUUUUACAGAUCCUAGAAUUGAUGUUUUUGACAGUGAUAUCCCCUUUGACAUGGAUAGGCUCUCUUUGGAGUCGCAGGAUGUUAUUGAUCUGGUCUCCCAUGACUAUCUUCCCGGAUUCAUCUCGGGCCUAGAUGAUUGUUCCUCUUUGCCUGAAUUGACUGAUAUUGGGUAGUAUGGUUUUGGAAACUGAAACCCUCUUAUUCUUUGUCAUAAGUUUUGGAGAACAGUAAUGUUCAUGGCAAACGAUACCCAGUCAGUGAAAGUAACUAAAUGCUCAAGACUUGGGAAUCAAUACCAUGCUCUCUCAUUGUGUGGGAAAUCAGCAGGUAAAUUUCUUUUGGCUUGGCAAUGAAGAAGCUAAGAUUCGGCAGGUACCAACUGUAACACUUGAUGGAGUGUGGUCUUACAUGGAGGAUGUGGGUGAUCUUCAGUAGGUAGGAGGAUAGGAAACAAGGGAACACGACGUAUAUAGAUAGUAUAGCAAGUGGCCCUUUAGCUUUUGUAUUUCUAAUUGCCUGAUGAGAAAUCUGUGCUGAUGAUUUUUGGCGGGUUCAUGAUUUGUUGUUAUUUCUGUUGGCACAUUUCCAUCAGAGGUAGAAUAGAGAAAAGGAAGAUAGUGUUAAUUCAAAAUGAAAUUGAGCA